AUGACUCAUUUAAUUGAUCGUCAGACUAACUCUUGGCGGAUGGACAUGCUCUAUGAGCAUUUUGCUCCAGACGAUGUGGCUUUGAUCCAGGCUAUACCUCUAGGUGGUAAUCAGAGGGCUGAUUUUUUCGGUUGGUAUUUUACGAAAACAGGGCGGUAUACAGUCAAAUCGGGCUAUCACACAACACGUUUAGAUGAAACGCGGACUUUUAAGCCCUGUGGUUCUGGGCCGGAAAUUACCCCCCUCCUAGCUAGCGUUUGGAGGGUCCGUUGCCCUCCUAAAAUUCAACAUUUUAUGUGGCAAGUCCUAACUGGAUGCAUUUCGGUUUCGGCUAACCUGGGGCGUCGAGGUCUUGCAUGUGACAUUGGAUGUAUUCGUUGUGGAGCGGAUGAAGAGACAAUAAAUCAUGCAAUUUUUGUCUGCCCUCCUGCUCGACAGGUAUGGGCUUUGGCCCAUGUCCCGGUGGGCCCACUCUCCUUUCCGACGGAAUCGGUGUAUGCAAAUGUGGACCACUUCUUAGGACAGCAAAAUCCAGGGGCAAAUAUUAUGACUUUUCCUUGGCUUAUGUGGUAUAUUUGGAAAGCCCGAAAUGCACGAGUUUAUGAAAAUAUUGUGGAGAAAUCGGAGGAUAUUGUUAGGAUUGCAGAAGGCGAAGCUACAUGGUGGCAGAAGGCACAACUCGAGGAGGAUAUCGGUAUCCCUGUUUCAUUCCCAGUAGGUUUAUCGGUUCCGGCGGCCACGAACACACUUCCAACUGAGUUCUCGGGUUACCGUUGCUUUAUAGAUGGUUCCUGGAAAGCAGGAGACCAAUUUGCAGGCGCUGGAUGGUGUUGUACCUCACUACAGGAUGCGUCGCCGCUGAUGGGCGCUAGGAGUUUUCGUCGAAGUCUAUCUCCAUUACAUGCCGAAGCUGAAGCUUUCCUGUGGGCGAUGCGGUGCAUGAUUGGCCAUGAUUUUGGGGACGUGGCUUUCUAUACGGACUGUGCGGAUUUGGUGAAGAUGGUGUCUUCUCCCUCUGACUGGCCAGCUUUCUCGACGUACUUGGACGACAUCACGAUGGAUAGGGAAGAAUUUUCUUCUUUCUCUUUAUCUUAUAUUUCAAGAAAAGCUAAUGUAACUGCGGACUCUUUGGCACGCCAAGCGCGCCAUCGAGAAACUUCUUCACCUACUUCUCAGGCUAAUUUACUAAAUCUUUAUCAGAAACCGUAUUAUGAAUAUGUGGAAGUUGUAUAA